AUCGAUUGCGAAUCGUUCUAUAAAAUGUGGAAUCUGUGCUGAAAACUAACAUCUUUGACUUCCACAUUCAUCUCCAUCGUUUUUUGACCUUUCCAUCUAUCUCUUUCCAUGGCUCCAACUAUCAAAGUCGGCGAUACUGUACCUGAUGGUACAUUUACCUAUAUUCCUUACAGCCCCGAGCUCGACAGCCAUGCAGCCUGUGGUGUCCCAACCAAGCUCACGGUCAGCAAAGAUUGGAAAGGCAAGAAAGUCGUCCUAUUCGCUGUUCCUGGUGCCUUUACUCCAACCUGUCAUGUCAACCAUCUUCCGCCCUACGUUCAGAAGUACGACGAGUUCAAAGCAAAGGGUGUCGAUGUCAUCGCUGUAGUUGCUGCCAACGAUGCCUUUGUGAUGAGCGGGUGGGGACGAUUCGAAGGAUUGAAGGACAAGAUUCUCACACUCUCUGACCCCAAUGUUGAGUGGUCCAAGAAGCUCGGUCUUGACCUUGAUCUCUCUGCCUUGGCUUUCGGUACCCGCACCGCCCGUUACGCCUUGAUCAUCGAUGAUCUUGUCGUAAAAUAUGUCGAAGUCGAGCCAGGAACAGAGGUCACCGUUUCUGGCGCUGAAGCCGUCUUGGCCCACCUCUAGAAUUUUGUAUGACUCAAGUGCGACGGCUCACCGGAAAGAAAUUCAAUGUGUGUAGAUUGGGAUCAUUGUAGACUAACUGUUUGUUGUAAA